UAUUUCUCAGGUAACGUAUGACUCCACCAGAUGGGCAGGGUCUAUGGAGGAAGCUUGUCUCUAGGGUGUGAGAUCUGCCUCGUGUGGGAGCAUCACUCUGAGCCUGCGUUUGAAUCUCAAAGAUUUCGGGCUGCGAUUCCGAGAGAGGAGCAGGGCUAUAGGAUUGGCCCAGACCGUGGAGUAAGGGGAAACCCGGAGAGCUGGGCGCCAUCUUGUCCAAACAGAUAAGCUCGGGACUACAUUUCCCAGAGGUCCCCGGCGGGAACAGGUCUCCCACCCCCACCCCCUUCCCUUGCCUGUGGGAUCCUGGGCCUCGCCUGAAGGGGAAGAGUGCAAGAGUCCCCAGAAGACGGAAGAAUGGCUGUGGACCAAGCCAGAUACAAGGAGAACAGCCCUGAGGAGGACUAAUAAUCUGCAAUGCUGAAAGUCAUGGCCCAGGAAUCAGUUAUGUUCAGGGAUGUGGCUGUAGACUUCUCCCAGGAGGAGUGGGAAUGCCUGGACCCAGCUCAGAGGGAUUUAUACAGAGAGGUGAUGUUGGAGAACUACAGCAAUCUGGUGUCAAUGGGACUUUACAUUCCCAAGCCUCAAGUUAUAUCUUUAUUGGAACAAGGGCAAGAGCCCUGGAUGGUUGGCAGAGAGCUGACAAGAGGCCUGUGUUCAGAUCUGGAGUCAAUGUGUGAAACCAAGUUAUUAUCUCUAAAGAAGGAAGUUUAUGAGAUAGAAUCAUGCCAGAGGGAGGUAAUGGGACUUACAAUGUAUGGCCUGGAGUACUCCAAUUUCAGAGAUGUUUUGGAAUACAGAAGCCACUUUGAAAGACAACUGGGAUAUCAAAAUGAGCAUUUCAGCCAAGAAAUAUUCACUCAUGGAUACAUGCCCACAUUUAUUCAACAGACAUUCUUUACUCUACAUCAAAUAAUUAGUAAUGAAGAUAAACCCUAUGAAUGUAAGAAAUGUGGAAAAGUCUUUAGUCAGAAUUCACAAUUUAUUCAACAUCAAAGAAUUCAUAUUGGUGAAAAAUCUUAUGAAUGUAAGGAGUGUGGGAAAUUCUUUAGUUGUGGCUCACAUGUUACUCGGCAUCUGAAAAUUCAUACUGGUGAAAAACCCUUUGAAUGUAAUGAAUGUGGAAAGGCCUUCAGUUGUAGUUCAUACCUUUCUCAACAUCAGAGAAUUCAUACUGGUAAGAAACCCUAUGAAUGUAAAGAAUGUGGGAAGGCUUUUAGUUAUUGUUCAAAUCUUAUUGACCAUCAGAGAAUUCACACUGGUGAAAAACCUUAUGAAUGUAAAGUAUGUGGGAAAGCCUUUACUAAGAGCUCACAACUUUUUCAACAUGCAAGAAUUCAUACAGGUGAGAAACCCUAUGAAUGUAAGGAAUGUGGCAAAGCUUUUACUCAGAGCUCAAAGCUUGUUCAGCAUCACAGAAUUCAUACUGGUGAGAAACCCUAUGAGUGCAAGGAAUGUGGGAAAGCCUUUAGUAGUGGUUCAGCUCUUACUAAUCAUCAGAGAAUUCACACUGGGGAGAAACCAUAUGAUUGUAAGGAAUGUGGGAAGGCUUUUACUCAAAGCUCACAACUUCGUCAACAUCAGAGAAUUCAUGCUGGUGAGAAACCCUUUGAAUGUCUUGAAUGUGGGAAAGCCUUUACUCAGAACUCACAACUUUUUCAACAUCAGAGAAUUCAUACAGAUGAAAAGCCAUAUGAAUGUAAUGAAUGUGGAAAGGCCUUUAAUAAAUGUUCAAACCUUACUCGACACCUGAGAAUUCAUACCGGUGAAAAGCCCUAUAACUGUAAAGAAUGUGGAAAGGCAUUUAGUAGUGGCUCAGAUCUCAUUCGUCAUCAGGGAGUUCAUACUGAUGAAUUUGUAAAGCGAAAAGGUGUAAGGAGCAGCAAGGGAAAAUCCAGAGCUACUGGCUACAUUAUAAAUGGUCUUGGUGCAAAUGAACAUCUUACUACAAAUGGAAUCCAAUUGCCCUUCUGUGCCUACAUCACAUCAGGUGCAAAGAGAAAAUUGAAGAAGGAAGGAGGAAUGGCUGUUGGACUUUGUAAGUCCAUGUCCCAGGGGUUGGUGACCUUUAGGGAUGUGGCUCUAGAUUUUUCCCAAGAAGAGUGGGAAUGGCUAGACCCAUCUCAGAAGGAUUUAUACAGAGAUGUCAUGUUGGAGAACUACAGGAACUUGGUAUGGCUUGGACUCUCCAUUUCUAAGCCCAACAUAAUCUUCUUAUUGGAGCAAGGGAAGGAACCUUGGAUGGUGGAAAGAGAGAUGUCAGAUGGUCAAUAUACAAACUGGGAGUCUUGGUAUGAAAUCAAGGAAUUAUCUCCAAAAUGGUACACUGAUGAAGAAGAAAUAUCCCAGAGGAUCAUAAUGGAAAGACUUACAAGUUCUGACCUUGAAUGCUCCAGUUUCCAAGAAGCUUGGAAAUAUGAGAGUGAAUUUGAACAGCAUCAUGGAAAUCAGGAGAGGAAUUUCAGGCAAGUGGGAAGUCUUAAAGGAAUCUCUUCUGUGAAAAGAGACAGAGAAUAUAAUUAUUCAGAGAGAAGCAUUCUCUUGAAGUCAGUAUUUUUAACACAACAGAGAGUUCCCACAGUAGAACAAGUAUAUAAAUUUGAUAUUUAUGAUAAAAUAUUCUCUUCAAAUUCAGUCCUAAUUGAACAUAAAAGACAACAUGCUGAGAAGGAAUCUUUAAUGGGUAAUGAAUGUGAAGAAUUCAACCAAAGUACAUACCUUAGUAAAGACACAGGAAUUCCUCCUAGGGAGAAACCUUAUGAAAGUAAUGAUUUUUCAAAUCUCUUAAGUUUCCACUCAUUACUUACUCAACAUCAAAUAACUCAUUUGGGAAAAUUACCCCAUGGAUACAAUGAUGCCUUUAGCUGUUAUUCAUUCUUCACCCAACCUCAGAGAAUUCACAGUGGAGAGAAACCAUAUGCAUGCAAUGACUGUGGAAAAGGUUUUAGCCAUGACUUCUUUCACAGUGAACAUCAGAGAACUCAUAUUGGAGAGAAACCAUAUGAAUGUAAGGAAUGUAACAAAGCCUUUAGACAGAGUGCACACCUUACUCAACAUCAGAGAAUCCAUACUGGAGAAAAACCCUUUGCAUGCAGAGAAUGUGGGAAGGCCUUUAGCCGUUAUGCCUUCCUUGUUGAACAUCAGAGAAUUCACACAGGAGAGAAACCAUAUGAAUGUAAGGAAUGUAACAAAGCCUUCAGACAGAGUGCACACCUUAAUCAACAUCAGAGAAUUCACACUGGAGAGAAACCCUACAAAUGUAAUCAAUGUGAGAAAGCCUUCAGUAGACGCAUAGCCCUUACUCUGCAUCAAAGAAUUCAUACAGGAGAGAAACCCUUUAAAUGUAAUGAAUGUGGAAAGACCUUUGGCUAUCGCUCACACCUUAAUCAACAUCAAAGAAUUCAUACUGGAGAAAAGCCCUAUGAGUGCAUCAAAUGUGGAAAGUUUUUCAGGACUGAUUCACAACUUAAUCGACAUCAUAGAAUUCAUACUGGAGAGAGACCUUUUGAAUGCAGUAAAUGUGGGAAAGCCUUCAGUGAUGCUUUGGUUCUAAUUCAUCAUAAGAGAAGUCAUGCAGGAGAGAAGCCCUAUGAAUGUAGCAAAUGUGGGAAGGCCUUCAGUUGUGGCUCAUACCUUAAUCAACAUCAGAGAUUUCAUACUGGGGAGAAACCCUAUGAAUGUAAUGAAUGUGGGAAGGCUUUCCAUCAGAUCUUGUCCCUUAGGCUACACCAGAGAAUUAUGUUGGAGAAAAACUCUAUAACUGUAAUAAAUGUGGGAAUAAUUUUAGCUGUGCCUCAGCCCUUAGACGACAUCAGAAAAUUCAUAAUAGCAAAACUCUCUGAUUAUAGCAAGUAUAAGAAAGAAAACAUUUAGUUACCACUCAGUCCUUAUUAAAUAUCAGUGAAUUCUUUGGUUAGUAAUUCUAUGAAUGUAGUACAUAUGGAAAAGCCAUCACUUCAUGAGCAUCCCUUAUUUGAAAUAGCCUGAGUAGUAGACAUCUGUUACUUUGUGAUCUGUUCUAUGUCCCAUUUGAGACUUACCUCACCCUCAAUGCAUAUGAUUAUGAUGAAACUAUUAAUUAGGGAGAGCAGAGGAUUGGUCACAGGUGGCCAGUUAUUUCCUUCAACCUAGUGAUUAAUAAAGGAUUAGCAAAUGGCCCUGUCCGGACAAAGAGAGCCCUAGGGGAUAUUGUUAUGACUAGUAAGAGAAGUUUUUGUUUGUUUGUUUGUUUGUUUUUUCCAGGAAUUGCAAGUUUCAAGAAUUUAAUAAAAUUAAAAACUC